CUUGGCAGCUGCACAUUGGCUCCUGUGAACCACUAAAUGUCACACUAUUCUUUAAAAACAGAAAGUGCCUUGGACCAGAGUGUGCUUUCAAGAUACACUAUAUACUAUUGAUAUAUAAUAAAUAACUUGAGUAAAAGUUAGUGGGGCAGUGAUGUGGCACUUUUUCGUAAAUACAUUAAAAUUGAUCGACAGAUUAAAAAAAUGACUUAACCUCUUUGCUCAUGAAAGAAUUAGCAAACACAAAAUAAGAGUUGUGUAAUUUUACAGAGAUUAAAGAAACAUUUAUUACAAGGCUUAAAUUUCUCUCUCUAAAAAAAAAAAAAAGAAAACGGAAAAAAGAAACGUUGUCUUAUGUAAUAGACAUAGCCUUAUAUCAUUAAUGGAUAAAUAUGAUUAGGAAUGUUUAGGAAUAAAAGCAAAUGUACAAUUUUGUUCUAAAAUUUUACUAAAAUUUGAAAAAAACCUGUUCCAAAUCAAAGUCAAUCUGUCAACCUGUUUUGUUGUCAUAUAAAGUGAAAAUCAGACCUGCAGACCAAGACUUUAACAUUGAAGAUUUUCCUGUGCAUACUUAUUUUUUUUAUUAUACUGUAUUCAUUUAUUUUUAUUUUUUAUUAUUGUUUUGAUUCACAUUUCAUAGAUAAAGAAUCUUAAUUGCCUGAAUACAUAUGUUGAUUUUGAUUGUGGUAAAUAGUAAAUCCCUGUUUCUCAGUUAUUUAUGACCUUUGCAUUGAAUGGCAGACCUUCAGUGAGGAAGCUCCAUAUUUUAUUAAUGGAAGACUAUUGAGGCUCCUAAAACAAGCAUCAAGCACUCUGAAUUUUUGAUUAUUGCAUAAAAUAAGCUUUCACUGGAAAAAGGUCCAGCCCUUCGCUAACAGAAGCAAUAGAAUUAGAUUGCAUAUAUGACUUUUUUGCAUCAACUACAGUGCAACGGCCCUCACAGUUUGAACCUUUAUGUCAGUGUUUGGUUGUUGACGUUGAUACAUUUGACCCAUGAACUCCUGGAACUGUUUCUCGGGAUAAGGGUUAGACUGGGACUAGAGGAUGCAGUGUCUUGUUACACCUGCUCGUAUUAUACUGUACAACCCUGAGCCUGUGAUCCUUGACUUCACUGUCAAUAUUUAAUGAGCUCUGCUAGUCAGUCUUUUUGGCCUGCUUUCGUAUGGGCAAGAACAAGAAGGGAGGAGUUGGAGAAGAGGCAGGUUUUCGGCAUCUUCUGUCACUGUCUGUGAGGGGUGCUGAGGAGAAUGCCGGAGUUUCCAUUAUUGAUGUAUGCCAGCAUAAUUUUCACAAUGCCUAUACAUUGAACCGAAGACACUGGAUUUGCCCCAUUUCUCUCCUUGUGCCUUGUUUCUGGAUGUUCUUAGCCCAAACUGUAUGACGGAUUGUACCCAGACUGUCCAAACCAGUCCCUCCUCUUCUUUCUCUCUGUUCCGUCUCUGGCUCAGCAUCUCUCCUCCUCCUCUCCAGCACACCUUGACCAUCUCAGUCCAGCACAGGAGAGGAUGCGCACCAGCGUCUAGUGGAUAUCCUGCCCUUUUUUUCUGCAAGAGCAGAAGUGUGAGAAGACAAGUGUUUGAGGGACAGAAGAGCAAGGGAAGGAGAAAUGCCACUGGGGGGGUUUGCGGGUCUAAAGGAGAAGCUCAAACCGGGGAAGGAGGAGUUGAAGAACAGUGUGGGCGACUCUCUGGGGAACCUGCAGAAGAAGAUCGAUGGUUCUAAUGCGGCUGAAGAGGACAACAUUGAGCUGACAGAAGAUGGUCGGCCAGUGGUGGCCCCUGAGCGCAGCCCACCCCUUUUGGAUUGUGGCUGUUUUGGCCUCCCCAAACGUUACAUCAUCGCCAUCCUCAGCGGACUUGGCUUUUGCAUCUCGUUUGGCAUCCGCUGCAAUCUCGGUGUAGCCAUUGUAGAAAUGGUUAACAACAACACUGUCUACAUCAACGGGACUGCCGUCAUGCAGCCAGCUCAGUUUAAUUGGGAUCCAGAGACAGUGGGAUUGAUACACGGCUCAUUUUUCUGGGGCUACAUUGUCACUCAAAUCCCUGGAGGUUUCAUCUCCAAUAAGCUAGCAGCUAACAGGGUGUUUGGAGCAGCCAUUUUCUUGACGUCAGUGCUAAACAUGUUUAUUCCAUCAGCUGCCAGGGUCCACUAUGGCUGUGUCAUGUUUGUGCGAAUCUUACAAGGACUGGUGGAGGGUGUCACAUAUCCAGCCUGCCAUGGGAUGUGGAGCAAAUGGGCUCCUCCACUGGAAAGAAGUCGUCUGGCUACUACCUCGUUCUGUGGAUCUUAUGCAGGAGCUGUGAUAGCCAUGCCACUGGCUGGAGUAUUAGUGCAGUAUGUAGGCUGGCCCUCUGUCUUCUAUAUAUAUGGUGUGUUUGGCAUAAUAUGGUAUAGUUUCUGGCUCUUGCUGGCUUAUGACAGUCCAGCAAUCCAUCCCACUAUCAGUGAGGAAGAAAGGACAUACAUAGAGACCUCUAUUGGGGAAGGAGCCAAUUUAAUGAGUGCUACUGAGAAAUUUAAUACUCCUUGGCGUGAAUUCUUCACAUCUAUGCCUGUCUACGCAAUCAUUGUGGCAAACUUCUGCCGUAGCUGGACCUUUUACCUCUUGCUCAUUAGUCAGCCAGCUUACUUUGAAGAGGUCUUUGGGUUCCCCAUCAGCAAGGUGGGCAUUCUGUCAGCGGUGCCACACAUGGUAAUGACGAUCAUUGUGCCGAUAGGAGGCCAGCUGGCUGACUUCCUGAGGAGUCGGAAAAUCCUCUCUACUACAACCGUGCGCAAAAUUAUGAACUGUGGAGGUUUUGGCAUGGAGGCCACGUUGCUCCUGGUGGUUGGGUUCUCACACACACGUGCAGUGGCCAUCUCAUUCCUCAUCCUGGCGGUGGGGUUCAGUGGAUUUGCGAUAUCAGGAUUCAAUGUAAACCAUCUGGACAUAGCUCCUCGCUAUGCUAGCAUUCUUAUGGGCAUCUCUAAUGGAGUAGGUACCCUGUCUGGAAUGGUGUGCCCCCUCAUUGUUGGAGCACUUACCAAACACAAGACUCGCCUGGAGUGGCAGCAUGUCUUUGUGAUUGCUUCCAUGGUGCAUUACACUGGCGUGAUCUUCUAUGCCAUCUUUGCCUCUGGUGAGAAGCAAGACUGGGCCGAUCCUGAGAACACCAGUGACGAGAAAUGCGGCAUCAUUGGGGAAGAUGAGCUGGCUGAUGAGACCGAGCCCAGCAGCGACAGUGCCCUGGCCACCAAGCAGAAGACCUAUGGAACCACAGAAAGCUCUGCAGGCCGCAAGCAAGGCUGGAAGAAGAAGAGAGGGGUGACCAUGCAAGCAGAUGAAGAUCACGGAUCAAACCAUUAUGAAAACGGGGAAUAUCAUAAUCAGUAUCAAUGACAUUUUGGUCACCAAACGCCCAAGACUGAGACCUGAGGUGUAGGAUUUAUUUAAGUAACCCACGCUGGGAAUACAACAUUCCACCUGACAUUUGACACAACAGUAUAUUUGAGUUGUGAAGAAAUAUUUUGGAUGGCUUCCUUUAUGAUUUCACCCUGCUGUAGAAGCUGAAGGAACAGUCACAUGAGAAUGAUCUGUGAGUAGUUAAUUUGACAGCUGUAGGCAGACAUAGUUUCAACUGAAGUCUAUACUACCUGUUUAAAAGUUCAGUACAAUAUUUUUAAAGAAAUUAUUAUUUUUUAUUCAGCAAGGAUGCAUUAAAUUGGUCAAAAAUGACAGUAAUAAUAUUUAGAAUGCUAC